AUGCGAUCUUGGUAUGGAAGGGGCCGGUCCCUGCAGGUUGCUGUCACGUCUUGUUGUCUGGUGGCUUUCAUCUUGUUCGGUUAUGACCAGGGUGUGCUCAGCGGUAUUGUUGGGAAUGUCGACUGGAGGAAACAGUUCAACUACCCCGAUGACACAGAAGAGGGUAUCAUUGUUAGUUGCUACAACUUGGGCUGUCUUCUUGGAUGUUUGGUCAAUUUCUUCAUCGGUGAGACGCUCGGCCGCCGCAGGACGAUCUGGUUUGCCAUGGGUGUGGUCAUUGUCGGCGCAGUCCUGCAGACCACGGCUUUCACGGUGCCGCAUUUGAUCAUUGGACGACUUGUGACUGGUGCGGGCACCGGUUUGAAGACGAGUACUGUCCCUAUGUACCAGGCUGAGAUGUGCGAGGGCAAGACUCGAGGACGCCUCAUUUCCUCCGAGGUUCUUUUUACAGCCGUAGGAAUCGUUGUUGCAUACUGGUUUGACUUUGGCAUGUCGUUCGUUGGCGGUCCCAUCGCCUGGCGUCUCCCGAUUGCGAUGCAGAUCGUCUUCGCGAUCUUUGUCAUUGUUCUGGUAUUUGGUCUGCCCGAAUCCCCUCGCUGGCUCAUGAACCAUGGCCAAGAGCAAGAAGCAAUCGAUGUUCUCUGUGCUAUCUAUAACCGAGAGCCAGACGAUGAGUUCAUCGUCAACGAGCGCAGGGGAAUCCUAUCCGCCAUCGAACUGGAGGAUGCAGUCAACAAGCAGUCGAUCUGGAAGAUCUUCCAUAAUGAUGAAGUCAAGACUGGCCAGCGUGUGCUUCUCGCGUGGGGUAUCCAACUGAUGAACCAAGUUGGAGGAAUCAACCUUGUCGUAUAUUUCGUGCCUACCGUUCUCAAAAAGAACGUCGGUUUAUCUAGUCAACUGUCACAGAUCCUCGGCGGGUGCAUUCAAAUCAUGUUCAUGCUUGGCUCCCUACUCCCAGCUUUCAAGCUCGACAGGAUGGGCCGCCGCAAAACAAUGAUGAUCGGCUCUUUCGGAUUAGGAGUCUGCAUGAUGAUGGUAGCAGCCCUACUAUCCCAAGUUCACCAACCAAACGGAACAAACUACGCGUCCGCCUCAGUUGCUUUCUUCUUCCUCUACAUGCUAAUCCACGGCAUGUCCAUCAACUCCGUGCCGUGGGUAUACGUACCCGAAAUUCUACCCCUGGAAGCUCGAACAAAGGGUACGGCUAUUGGUGUCAGUUCCAACUGGCUAUGGAACUUCACGGUUGUUAUGAUCACGCCUGUGAUCAUUAACCGGAUUCAGUGGAAGGCAUACCUGAUCUUCAUGGUCACAAACUUCCUCUUCAUUCCCAUUAUCUACUUCUUCUAUCCUGAGACUAGCAAUCUGCGUCUUGAGGAUAUUGACUUGAUCUUCUCUCGGGGUGGGAACCCGGUUGCGCAGGCGAGGAAGAUGGCUCAUGAGAUUAAGCUUUACGGGGAUAUUCGGGCUGACCAGGUUGGCGAUGAGAAGGCUGCCAGUAGUCUUGGUGUGGAGCAUGUUUGA